ACUAAUGAAUUAAAGCCAACAUUUAAACUUAGAUAAAAUCUACAAAAUAAAGACUUCUAUUAUUACAUUCUGCUAACAUUUUAUAAUUAUACAAAGUAUGUCUAAGUUUCUUUGUAUAUUUCUAUGUAAUUAAUAUAUUUUUUAGUUCAAUCAUUAAGAAUAAAAUGACAAACUUAAUUUUUCCACAAUUUCUGCUGCUAUAAACCUUAUAACCAAAUUAGAAGUAGUAUUAUGAUUAAAUGUCAAAUGCAAUACAUAUUAUUAAAUAUAAACAUUAUUUGCAUAGACUUGGAGUGACUGGAAGGCAAACAUUAAAAGUAAAGCCUCACAAAUAAAAAAAUCAUCAUUUCAAACAGGAGGAAUCAAAAAUUAACUGAAGUUGAAGAGAGAGUUUUAAAUUUAAUUGGUAUAACUGCUGUUUACGGAGAAUCCCAAAUUGAUGAGGCAGGAGUUCAGGUAAUAAAAAUCAUAUUGAAAUUAAAACAUGCUUAUUAAACUACAGUAAUUAUAGGAAUUGUAUGUAUUAUAGGAACCAAAUGGUGCACAAGAGUUGAGUGAAAGUGCACAAGACUUAUUAAACUGUAUGAUUGACAAUACUAUUUCUUGUGUACAAUCAAAUGAUUCUACUUGUAUAAAUGAAGAAUAUCCAUCUAAUCAAAAUACAUAUUUCGAACUGCCUCCAAAUGAUGAUUGCAAUCCAACUGAUUGUAACCCAACUGAUGGUCUACAUUUGAAUACUUCAUUAAGAAAUGUUAACAGAAAAAAAAGGAAACAUGAAAAAUCUGUUGGGGAAUGUAUGGCAGAAAGCCUUAAUAGAACAGAAGAUGAAAAGUUGCAUAUUUUAAAAAAUAUACAACAAGCAAUGAAUGAAAUAGCCAAAAAUAUUGAAAGGAAGGCAACAGCAGAAGAAAGGAAAGCAGAAGCAGAAGAAAGAAAGGCAGCAGCAGAAGAAAGGAAGGCAGCAGCAGCAGAAAACAAGGCUGCUGCUUUGCAUGAAAUUGCUGCUUCAUUAAGGAACUCUAUAACAGAAGCAGAAAAUCAAUAAAUGAUUUUACAAUAAAAAAGGCUCUUUUCAGGGCCAUUCAUUUGUGAUAAAGAGUAACCAAAUCUAUUUUCAACCAAUAUAUUAUUACCAAGUAAAUUUCACAUUUCAGGAAAGUCUUUUAACUAUUUACAUUAUGCAAAAUUUUAUUUUAUUUUACAAAUUACUAAAAUGUUUCUUCUAGCAACAAAGAUGGUUACUGGUUUCCAUGAAAAGUUCCAUUUAUAUACUAGAUAAUUAUUGCAUAUCAUUCUGUGCAAAAUAAACAUUAUGUUCAUUUUAAUUAUUUAUACGUAUUUUGUAAAAGCAUAUAACAAAAUGUUUUAUUUCAGUAUAGUACAAAUGCUGCUAUUGUUUAAAAU